CACAUUUCCACCCCAAACCCCGAAUCUAGUUUGUGUGUAUAUAUAUUUGCCCACUUGUCUCUUAAACUUAUUCAUUCAAAACACACCAAAAAUAACAAAAUUUUUACAACUCUUAAGUUUCUGAGCUCUGCUGCUACUGCUUGAAGCAUCAUAGAUUUUUGCAAGGCCAGAAAUGACAAAGGUGUACCCAAACGCUGCCAAUGCCAAAAUUGCCCCUGCCUACGAGCCUGAGAGGCUCAAGCUUUCUGGUUCCGACCAGGAAGAUGCGACGGUGCUGACCGUGUGGAAGAAGUCUUUGCUGCUCAACUGCAACGGCUUCACCGUGUUCGACAACAAGGGCAACUUGGUCUUUAGGGUUGACAACUAUUUGGCUGGUCACAAGGGUGAGAUCGUCCUCAUGGACGCCUGCGGCAAGCCUCUCCUCACCAUCCGCCGCAAGCGGCUGAGCUUGGGGGACAACUGGGUGGUGUACGACGGAGAAACUGCGGUGAACCCGCUGUUCUGCGUGAGGAAGAACGUGAGCAUCCUCAACAACAACAAGUGUUUGGCGCACGUGACCUCCGCCAACAAUGGCAAAGGCGCGUCCAAAAAUUACGACAACAAAAACGCGAUGCUCUAUCAGGUGGAAGGGUCGUACGGGCAGCGGUGCUGCGCGGUGUACGACAACAAGAGGAGGAGGGUGGCGGAGAUCAAGAGGAAGGAGGCGGCCGUAGGAGGAGUUGCCCUCGGAGUCGACGUCUUCCGCCUCAUCGUGCAGCCCGAGAUCGACACGUCGAUGGCCAUGGCCUUCGUCAUCUUGCUUGAUCAGAUGUACGGGACGUCGUCGUUUUCGCGGCGAUCAAUUUGAUUGGUCAGUCACCAAUUUGAUUUCGUCAACCACCUUUUUCCCCUCGGUGGAUUCAAAUCACCCUUCUCUUCCUCUAUAAAUUCUCAAUCCAAUAUUCUCUCUUUUUUUCGUUUCCUUUUUCUUUUUUAGGGUAUGAGCAUCGAUCUUGUCGUGUCCCAGUCUUCCCCACGUGAACUCUUUUUUUUCUCUCUUUAAAAAAAAAAUUCGGAAAAAAUCAAUGAAGCUCUUGGUUUUUUCCUUUUAUAUAAAAAACCAAGCUUCGAAGUGGGGAUGUAAAUAUCAUCUAGAAACCACACAGUUCUCUUUUCUUUUCUGGGUUCUCUCUGUAUCUGAUCCUCCGUUCCAGCGAGGUAUUGUGGGUUUACGUUUUCCAUUGUUAAUAAUUUUCAGCAGAAACAUGUAAUGAUGUAUGUAGAAU